AUGGCUAAGCAAAAUUAUACCCAACAGAACCACAGGGACCAUAGACGCUAUUUGGAUAUGUUGAAGGCUGAUUUUAUAAGGAGAUAUGAUGAAAACACUAAAUCAAACAGUACACCUAGUGAUUUUGAUAGUAUCAAAGCAAUUGGAAACGGCGCCUAUGGUGAGGUGUUUCUAGUGAGAAAUAAAACUUCAUUUACAUAUCAUGCUAUGAAAGUAGUUGAAAAAGAAAUAGUGGUAGAGAGGAAACAUGUAAAACAUUUAAAGUUAGAGAAGAGAAUUCUUCAAGGAGUUCAGUUUCCUUUUGUCAUAUCUUUGGAAGAUGCAUUCAAAGACAAUGUUUAUCUGUACUUUGUUCUGCCGUACGUGGCGGGGGGAGAAUUGUUCACUUACAUCCAGAAGUAUGGAAGUCUCUCGGAUAACUUGUCCAAAUUUUAUGCUGCUCAGGUCACUUUGGGUUUAGAAUAUUUACACCAUUGUGGAAUCGUUCACAGAGAUAUUAAGCCUGAAAAUAUAUUAGUCGAUACUAACGGUUACUUGAAACUUUGUGAUUUUGGUUUCUGUAAAAUUAUCAAGAAAAAGACAUGGACUCUCUGUGGAACUCCUGAAUAUUUAGCUCCAGAAGUAAUAAUGUCGCGGGGAUACUCAUUUUCCGUUGACUGGUGGGCGCUAGGUGUUCUCAUUUUUGAAAUGGGUGCCGGAUAUCCACCGUUUUACGCAUCUGAUCCAAGUAAACUUUACGAAAAGAUUUUAGAUGGAGUAUAUAAAUGUCCAGAUACGUUAUAUCCUGAUUGUAAAAAUUUAAUAAAAUUGUUAUUGCAAGUAGAUCCAACGAAACGUUUGGGAUCACUGAUCAGUGGUGUUUAUGAUAUAAAACGACAUCCUUGGUUUAAUGAUAUUUCUUGGCUGUCAAUUCUGCACCAGAGGGUUCAAGCUCCAUUUAUACCUAUAGCACCUUCUCCUGGCGACACCAGCAAUUUUCCUGAGAUAGAACAAAUGAAACUUAAAAAAGGUUCAAAAUGUUAUUACGAACAAGAAUUUCAGGAUUUCUAG